AUGGGACGAUCUAACGGGAAAGGUAGUGUUGGUGACCGGAGCGUCAUCUGGAAUCGGCCGGAGCUUCUGUGUAGAUCUGGCGAACGCCGGUUGCAAAGUGAUCGCGGCAGCACGCCGGCUAGAUCGGCUGAUAUCUCUCUGCAUGCGAUGAGAUCAACGGAAAAGACCUCAUCGAUGACGUUCGAGCAGUGGCCGUGGAACUUGACGUCGCUGCUGAAGGAAACAUGCUGUCUCCACUGGCCGGAGUUGUCUGAAGAAGCAUGGAACAGCACCAUGAGAACAAACUUGACAGGAACAUGGUUGGUAGCUAAGUACGUGGGUAGAUAUAUGUGUGAUGCUAAACAUAAACAUGAACAUAAACAUGGAGGAUCAAUCAUCAAUAUCUCCUCAAUUUCUGGUCUUCCUCGUGGAGAAUUACCUGGAGGUCUGGCUUAUGUGUCUUCAAAGGCAGGUGUCGUCACAUUGACCAAGGUCUGA